GAUUUCGAGGCUGGGGAUGAUGUGGAGCUGUCCUUCCUGAAGAACGGGCGGUGCCAGGGGGAUUUCGAGGCCGGGGACGAUGUGGAGCUGUCCUUCCUGAAGAACGGGCGGUGCCAGGGGGUGGCAUUCCGUGUCCCCAAGGCGCUGCUGGCCGGCCGGGCGCUCUUUCCCCACGUGCUGGUCAAGAACUGCAGCGUCCACUUCAACUUCGGGCAGCGGCCGCGGCCACUCCGGCCACUGACCCCCGGCUACAGCCUGAUCCAGGCCAGCCCGGCCGGACACAGGGACAGGGGGACACGGGGACCACGGACAAAGGCUGAGUGCGAGGUGCUGUUGAUGGUGGGGCUCCCGGGCGCGGGGAAGACGACGUGGGCGCUGCGUCACGCGGCCGAGAACGCCGGGAGGAGAUUCAACAUCCUGGGCACCAACGCCAUCAUGGACAGGAUGAGGGUGAUGGGUUUAAGAAGACAGCGGAACUACGCCGGGCGCUGGGAUGUGCUGAUCGGCCAGGCCACGCAGUGCCUGAACCGCCUGAUCCAGAUCGCGGCCAGGAAACGGCGCAACUACAUCCUGGACCAGACCAACGUGUACGCCUCAGCCCAGCGCAGGAAGCUCCGUCCCUUCGCGGGGUUCCGGCGCGUGGCCGUGGUGCUGUGCCCGCCGGAGCCGGAGCUGCGCCUGCGCACGGCCAAGCGCACGCGCGAGGAGGGCAAGGACGUGCCCGAGCUGGCCGUGCUCCAGAUGAAGGGUGGGUGGGCAGAGAAGUUUGGG